UAUGAUACAUAUUUCUAAAUAUAUGAAAUGGAGAGAAACUGGAAUAGCAUUUGAAAUACGUGAUGGAGAGUAUACUUUACCUAAUAAUACUUUAGCAUCAUUUUUACUUAUAAAGCAUGAAGGAGAACGAUAUAUACGAAGAGGUUAUUGGGGAGAUAUUUUAACAAGUCCAUACAUUGCAUAUGGAAUUGAAUGUAAACAACAAGAGUUUUUAGAAAAAAGAAAUAGAAUGUACACAAAAACAUCUCAAGAUAUUUCAUAUCAUAACACACUUGCUAUGUUUCAUGAAUUAAUUUAUGAUGAACAUUACAAAUCAUUAAAUAAAGAGCAACUUUCAAAUGACAAAGAAAAUGUAAUUGAGUUGAAAAGUGAAGAAAUUCAAACAAAAACGUGUGAUAAUCCUAAUACCAUUGAAGAGAAGACUGAUUCUUCUAUUGACAAUUAUAAUAUUAAGUUUCAAUAUUUGGAAAUUAAUCGUUCUGAAGAUUGUGGUAAGAAACAUUACUUGCUUUUAAUAAUAAUUGUAUGAAUUUAUUAAAAUAUGGAAGAUAAUUAAUUGUAAACAUAAUUAUGUUUAAACCAAGCCAGUUAACUUUUCCAGUAACAUUUGGUGGCAC